AUGAAAAUAAUAUUAUUAAUUUUAAUAAUAAUAUCUGUAUAUAAUAUAACACCAAAUUUUUCAACAUCAAUAAUAUCAAAUAAUAGAAUAUCUUUAUCUACUUCUUCUUCUUCUUCUUCAUCAUCAUUAAAUAAAAAAUAUAUAGUACAAAAAGGAUAUAAUUUUAUUGAUGAUAAAUGUUCAGAAGAAGUUGUAAAUACAGUUUAUUCAAUUGAUAAUGCAUGUUAUUUUGGUAAUGUUUUUACAUGUAGAGAUGAUGGUAAAAUUAUAUAUGAUAUGUAUGAAGGAUAUAAUUGUAAUGGUUCAAUAGUGUUUAGUAUGGUAAUUGAGAAUGAUGUUUGUGAUACAAAUUCAUCUCAAUCUUAUCCAACAGUAUAUUCAUGUGUUGAUAGUAUUGAAAUUCCAACAAGUGGUUUCCUAGUUUAUACAUCACAAGACGAUGAUUGUGGUAGUAAAGAGGAUUUAGUCAAUUUAGAAAUCACUCCAUUAAAUACAUGUAUCAAUGAAGAUCAAACUUAUUCAUUCAUUCAAACUUGUAAUUCAACAAAUUAUUCAACUACAAAAUAUUUUGGUACUUCUUGUAAAGGUGGUCCAAUUGGUCAUGCUCAAGGUGAAAUAACUUGUCGUCUAAAUAAUCCAAAUCAAUAUUCUUCGCAAUAUGUUUGUCUUUGA